AAGAAAGGGGUAUAGACAGAGAUAUGAGCAAGCUUCAGCGUUCAAGACUGGUGGUCAAGAUUGAUGGACGUAGCAAAGAGGAACAAGAGUGGUGUGGCUGAUGGGAUAUUUUAGGGGUGAUUGCGAAGCCAAAUUAGAAUUGGCAAAACCUAUCCAUCUUCUACGUUUUACAGUAGCCCACUCGGUUGACGGCCUAGUUUGCAGAUACCAUACAAAAUACUUGCAGGCAAGAUUUUUCACCUCCUGCAGUGCCAUACUACACUUCUCCUACGCACAAUGCGAAUCUGCAGAACCAUUCGCUCUGCUGCACGUACAUUUCUUUUUCGGGUUGGCGAAACGAGAGAAAGCACGAGCAUGCAAGGUGCCGGAGGCCCGUGAUACUAUUCUCCUAGCCCUCUAUGCCUUCGUGCACAUGCGUAACUUUCCUCCCUCGUUAAACCCGCUGCACUCCCUAUGGGCCGAGACUCUCUUCAGCCCCCACCGGCCAGAUGCACUAUACUGUACAUAAUUAACACACUUAUGGGACCAUUCACUGCACAGGUCGUUUAGGCACCGUACAUAGGGGCACCGAUAGAUCUGGUGGGUGCAGACAUGCACGUGAAAGAGCGAUUCGCCACUUCACCCCAGCGUAUGACAUUGGGAGCUGCAUCG